AUGCAGACUUUCGCGUGCCACCCGCUUUCUACAAUACCAAAUGUGCAUAACUUUGCACCAGCACCACCUUCAAUACAUUUCCAACAAAAACUGGUAGUAGCUUCCAAAUUUCAAGUCGUUGUAGCUGUAUCAAGUAACCAUGAGCUUGUAUCCUGGCGAAGCAACAUUGCUCACGAAUCCGCAAGUGCAGCAUUCGGUGGUGCUCAACAAACCAAAGUCACUGCUCUGGAACCACAGUGGGAAAUUGUCAGCAUCGGUUUGAAUGCCGAUGAAACUCUUCUCGGUGUCUUCACGAAUAAUCAGUAUGGAUGUUUUGUACAUGUUUAUAACGUCGUAGCAUUAUCUGUCGAUGUCCCUGGAGAGGCCGUACCCAUAUGCUCCGUUCGCGUGGGCAACACUGCCUCUAAAGGGAUUGCUUUUGAAUGGAAUCCAGCACUUGCUGAUAUGUUUGCAGCGUCAGAUACUGAUAGAACUCUCAGUGUGGCUAAGAUUGACAUGCAGAAUCCAACAAAGUACAGUAUCCUUGGUGAAAAGAAGCUAGAAGCCAAUAUUAGUGAGAUAUCAUGGAGCCCCAAAGGAAAGCAGUUGGUAGUAGGUGAUGCUAAUGGGAAGAUUUUCCAGCUAAAACCUGAGAUAGAGCUUGUUCGCGCAACUCAAGCCCCACAAAAUGCUCAAGGUCUGGCAGUUACUAGUUUGAGUUGGCUCGCCACUACAGAAUGGCUUGUUGCCUAUUCAAAUGCGGAGAGAACCAAUGGCGGCACAUUUAUGUUGAAUAUCAAAAAGGUAUGA